GUCAUAACAUCUUCUUUUCCCCUCCUUUUCCUUCCCCUCUCUUGUUUCUGCGCCACUAUAUAUGUGCAUAUUGUUUGAUAAUGGCUUGGUGGAAGUUUAAUGAAGCUCUAACUUUCCAUCAAAUUAACCCCACACACAAUAUCUUUUCGGUCGCAGAUUCAUCCUACCAUGAUCUUUAAUUCAUGGCAGUAAAUCUUAAAAAUCAUAGAACCGAACAGUUGGCAACAACUGAUUUAGAUUUAAUUGAAACGUAGAAUGUCAUUCAGAAUCUAUUAUCUACGAUAAGUCAAUAAUUUUUGGCGCAUAACGAAUUUUAAAAAUGUCAUGAUUAUAGAUGUGGCAAAAAUAAUAAAAAUAAUAUAAAUGCUGACUUCAUCAGAUGCAAUUCCCAUUUUCUGUGUCAGCUGCUGAUCACCUACAUUCUUGCGAUUCAUAUCAAUGUCUGAAUGACAUCAACUGUGUUAUCUACCACUGGAAGACGCCUUCAAUUUUUUGGACACUCACAAAAUAACACCAUCAGUCAUCUAGCUAGUAAGAAUUUUUAAAGCCCAAAAUCGCCUACAAGACAGAUAGACAUAUUGAUUUGAUAACGUAAACAUCCCAUUAGUCUUAUUUCAAUUCGCCAACGAUGGAAGCAAGUCCACAAUCUCCUGUAGAAGCACCAACUAUAGCUUUCCAUCACCGAGUUAUCGUUGCAUCGGUACUAGCAGUUUUUACAAUAAUUGGUCUCUUUGGCAAUACUCUUGUCAUCGUCGCCGUCAUCACCACAAAGAAGCUUCGUACGGUCACCAACAUCUUGGUGGUCAAUCUCGCUUUCGCUGACAAUUUGGCGUGUUCCAGCUUACCGUUCCAGAUCGCCGGUCUCCUAAGUCAAACGGGAAGGUACCCGAUUCCCGAGAUCGUCUGUGCAAUUGUGGGUGGAGUUGGGUUCACCAGCGUAUGCUGUAGCGCAUCUACUUUAGUCGCUAUCGGUUUCGUCCGAUGGUACGUCAUCACCAGAUCUAUUCGUGGUCAACAAGGUCUCAAUACUCCGAAGAAUAUUGCGAAAGUCGUGCUGAUCAUCUGGAUGGAGUCAGUUGCACUCAUGAUCAUACCUCCUGUUCUAGGGGUCGGGACUCUCGGUUAUUACAAAUACUACGGAUUAUGUACUUUGACCGAUACAAACCCAUUGGCCUACGUUAAUGUCGUGUUUCAGAGCGCUGUCAUCAUUACAGCCCUGGUACUCACCUUUACGUUUUACGGACUUAUUUUGCGCCACAUUUUGCAACACAAUAAGCAGUUCCGAGACAAGUUUGCAGAUGAUAAAGCUACCGGUUCAAGCUCAGCAGAGGCACAAAAGAAAAAUGCUUCUUCAUCUACAUCUCAAGAUUCUAGUCCACCCAUGAUCAAAGCCAUCAACCAAAAGGAGAUCGAGAUCACAAAGAAUGUAUUCAUUGUUGUCUGCCUCUUCAUGAUUUGCUAUGUAGGGUCAAGCGUGAACUUCGUAAUUCCCGGUGCAAGCCUGUCCACCCUCUAUGGCUACGUGAUCACGAUGUCGAACAGCGUGGUCAAUCCGAUCAUCUAUGGUCUGAAGCAUCCCAACUUUCGAGAGGCUUUCAAGAGAAUCCUUUGCCGUCGUCGCAGACCGCUCGAGCGUGUCUCAAACUGA